CUUCAGGAACGCAGACACUGUCUUGACUGGAGGUCUAGACCAUGGACAGGGACCUGAGUGAAGAGGACAGUGUGAACCUGAGUUUCGAGGCCGAGAGUCCUCUGGCACCCCCUGCUGAACUCCUGGAGAGGCUGCCCAGCUAUGACUGGCUUCUUCAUGGGGGCGGUGGGCAGCAAAUAUUCUUCCCACCUUCGGAAGCCCCGGUGAGACCCCAGGAACCACCUUCCUGGUCCUCAUUCCUGGAACACAGAGUCCCUGUGGUGACAGAGGAGGUGGCCCGUGAGGCCCUUCUCAGCUUCGUGAACUCAAAAUGCUGCUAUGGCAGUGCAGCCGCAGAUGACCUCAUCAUCCGGGAGCUGAGGCAGCAGACUCUCUGCAGGUAUCGACUAGAGACCUUCAGUGAAUCCAGGAUAAGCGAGUGGACAUUUCAACCUUUUACAAACCACUCAGUAGACGGGCCACAAAGAGGCACCUCCCCCAGGCUUUGGGAUAUCAAGGUCCAGAUCCCUCCAAUGUUUCAGGAGGACACCAAGAAGUUCCAAGUCCCUCAUUCUUCACUGGUGAAGGAAUGUCACAAAUGUCAUGGGCAUGGGCGGUACAAGUGCAGUGGCUGCCACGGGUCCGGCAUGGUGAGGUGCCCGACCUGCAGUGGAGCCAAGCGCAAAGCCAGGCAGCCCCGGAGGUGUCAGAUGUGCUCGGGCUCUGGCAGGCGCAGGUGCAGCACGUGCUCAGGAGGGGGGAACAAGACGUGUGCCACCUGCAAGGGGCAAAGGAGGCUGGUGCACUUCAUCCAGCUGGUCGUCAUGUGGAGGAACAGCGUGUUUGAGUUCCUAUCCCAGCACCAGCGCCACUGCCCCCGGGAGCUGCUGGCGAAGGCCAAGGGAGAAAACCUCUUUAGGGAUGAAAACUCAGCGGUGUACCCCAUUGUUGACUUCCCCCUGAGGGAGAUCUCUCUGGCCUCCCAGAGGGGCAUCACAGAGCACAGCGCUUCCCUGGCCUCCUGCGCCCGCAUCCUACAGCAGCCUUGGGUCCUGGAACCGAAGAUAAAGAUUCACAUUGACAUUUUACUGAAGAUGCAGAAGGUGGCAGGUGGAAUCCAAACAUGUGGAAACAUCUGCCAUUGCGCGGUGCCACGGCUGUGACGCAGAAACCUGGCAUCUGUUUCCUACGGGGCAUGGCCAAGCCAUCAAAUGACAAGAUGACUACCUGAUGGCCACUGAUCUCUUGAGCAAUUUGUGGUCUCAAAGUCAGAUACCCAUCAAUCCUGUAAUAGAUAGAGGCCGGUGGAGGUGGGGAUGGUGUUUCUCUGUUCUUCUUUGAUCUUAGUAGAAAAUUCUGGAAGCCAGAGGGGUCCUGACCCCGCUGUCCAGGCUUUCUGAGCAGUGAUGUCAAUUCUCAUUUCCUCAUGCCCCUGAGUUGGGACCAUUUACGAUGAAAUUUCAAGAGAAAUCUUCUGCCUUGUGUUUCCAAAGUCAUGAUUUGGAUACCAGUUUCUGGCAUGAGAAGAAAACUCAGUCCUCGGAUUUCCUUUGGUUGUGUCAACGACACUGUGAAGUAGUUUUCAUUCCCUUUUCACAGAGGAGGAAACUGAGGCUCAGAGAAACAGGGUGCAAGAUCACAAAGAGAGCUUAACAGACAUUUCCCUCCCUGACCCGGAUUCCCCUCUUCUUUCCCCAUUGGCACACUGCCCUGGCUCCUCUUCUAGUAAGAGUUGAGAGCCUGCUUCUUUUUCUUUUUUAAUUUUUAAAAAAUAUUUUUUAGUUGUAGAGCCUGCUUCUUGAACCCCCCGCCUGCCCCAUUCUCCUGGGUCAGGUUUGUUCCUGUGCAAAGAGAAGUCAAGAUACUGUGUGGUUUGAGCCUGAGAUCCCUCCCAGCCCCUUUCCCCAGGGCCUCUGUCCCAUCAGCUAUCAAAGGAGUGCUCUGGGCUCAUUUCCCAGCAGGGAGAAAUUCCUGCAAGUAGUGGGUGACUGACCCUGGGCCAGUCCCACUACCUCUCCCUGUGUUUGGCAUCCCCAAAUCUUAGUGUGGGACUUAGGACCACUCUGUGGUCAGGGGAGAGCACUCCACAUUCUGUUAUGGGGCAUUUAAAAAGAGGCAGUUGUUGCUGGGUAUAGUGGCACAUGUCUGUGAUCCCAGCGACUUAGGAGGCUAAGGACCACAAGUUGGAGGCCAGCCUCAGCAACUUCGUAAGGCCCUAAGCAAUGUAGCGAGAACUUGCCUCAAAAAGGGAUGGGCAUGUGGCUCAGUGGUUAAGUCCUCCUGGGUUCAGUCCCCCAGAAAGGGCUGGUACCCAAAACAAAACAAGACAAAACAAAACCAGAUGUAGGGUGAGGGAAUUUGAGCCUUAAAUGAAUACAGCUUUGGUGAGCAGACAGGGCUUGAACUGGGGUAAUUCACACCGAAAACUUCAUGAGCCCAUGGGCCUCUGUUUCCCCAUUUAUAAAAAGAAGGGAACAUUUGCGGAAGACUGCUGCAGGCAGGGUCAAUCCGAAACUGUGGCAGUGGUGGGGAGGGAGGUCUGAGGACAUAGCCCGACACAGCUUACCAAACUUGGAAGUUUCUUUGGUACCAAUGUUUUAUCUUAAAAUUUAAUUCAGAAUUUAUAAAUGCCUCCCUACUAUCCCUAUGGUUGUUUUAAUAUAUAAAUCUUUUUAAAAAAUCACUUUAUCCUCCACCUUCCCCUAGCACCUUGACUAAAAAUUAAUGCCUCUGGAAGAUGUUGUGUUUCGCUGAUAGCUUUUCAUGUACCAUAGAACUUCCCCAAAGAUGCCUCUGUCCUGCUUGGUGAAACUCAGAAGUGGAUGGUGGCUAAAGAUGAGGCAUCAAUUUUGCCCAAAGCUUAGAUUAUGGGAAGAAGCAUGAUAGGGGAUAUAGGCACCAACUCUAGAGUGCAUGCCAACUUCAGAGAAUGAACUUUAUUCCAUAGGCAGUAGGGAGCCACUGAAGAUUCUUGAGCAGGUGAGUGACAUGAACAGAACACUGAAGUUUUUGUUUUUGUUGUGGCCAUUUGUUUCCUUAGCGCCAGACCAUCGAGUUGAUCCCCCUCACAGAAGUUCACUACUGGUACCAAGGAAAGACUUAUGUCUACUACAUCUAUGGCACCGACCACCAGGUGUAUGUGGCAGAUUACCCUGAACGAUACUGCUGUGGCUG